CCUCCCCCCUCAGCGCCUUCGGUGGAGGAGCGCCUGGGCUCUGGCCUGGUGACUAGUCUCCACCGCUUCCCGUUAUGUAUGAUCGGGCUCCCCGGUUGCUCAGAUUGGUUGAAGGUGGCAGCACUGAGGCACAUGUGGGUCCUGGAUCCUACCAGGUACCUUUCCUGAAGCAGCGAAGAACAGGUGGCUAUGCACCAUUUCUUUCUUUGGCUGCCAGAGAAAGUACUUCUGUUGCCUCUAACACUGAGAAAGAUGGUCCAGGUCCAGGACACUAUAAUGUUUCAGAAGCACAGUGUAAUAUAAAAGGAGGCCGUAGUCUACAAAACCGGGAGAAACGUUUUAAGAAGUUUAUUUCAGAUAAUCCAGGACCAGCAAGCUAUGAUCAGUGUUUUCCUGGAACAGUAUACAGAAAAGUACUGGAGGCCAAAGAGCAUCUUCAGUCAAAAAUUUCAAGAGCACGAACACUUACCAAAACUCUGGAUAUUCCUUCAAUUCCUUCUUGUGGACAGUCAUAUGGUUAUCAUAUCAAUGAGGAUGAUAGUAUUAUAAAAUGUGUUCCACCUGCUAGUGAUGACACACUAGGUCCAGCAUACUAUAAGCCUCUAUUUGAUGUUUCUGAUGCAACUUUGAAAUACAAAGGUGUACAUUUUGGCAGCUCUUCAGGAAGACAAGAGUUACCUGGAAGGUCUGGUCCUGGUCCUGGACAGUAUGACAUAAUCCAGGAAAGGACCUUAUACUAUGAAAAUAUUAACAUCAAGAAAGAUAAACAACAAAAUUAUUGCUCAUUUAUCCCACGGUUUUAUGAAGUAAUACCAUUGCAGGAGGAGAAAAAGGGAGUACCGGGUCCUGGAAAGUAUGAUAUUAAAAGUCAGUUCCAGAAGACUGAAAGUUCAUCACCCAAUGUGAACACUGCAUCUCAUGCUUUCCUUUCUCAAUCCCAGAGAUUUGUACCUGUGAAAUCAGUCACACCAGCUCUUGGUACGUAUAAUGAACCUCAAAUUGCUGUUAAAUCCUCAAAGAAAACAUCAGGACUGAAAAGUUCCUCAUUUGGCCAAAGAACUGCUCAAUUUACACAGGACUCCAGAGCAGAGGAAAUGCCAGGUCCUGGGUUUUAUGAUAUCCUAAACAGUACUAUAAUUUCUAAUAUUAGAAAAACAUCCUUGAAGAAAAAAAAGGAAACCGCAUUUGGUUCUUCUGCUCCUCGGACUUUUUUCCUGGUUCAGAAACAAGCUUAUACUACUCCUGGUCCUCCUGAUUAUCAGACAUCACAAGUUGGUGGAAUAUCUGAGAAAUUAUGCAACCUGACCAACAAAUGUGCUCCUUUCCGGUCAAGAACAGAGAGAAGUUUUAAAAUGCCAGAUAUGGUUAUUCCAGCACCAGGCAGCUAUGAUGUUCAGAAAUCAUAUGAGAUGUCCCAAGUUAAACAUAAAUACAUGCCACCUCGUAGUAUCGUGGCUAAAAGAAGACAUGCCUCCUUUCUUAGUGCAACUCCCCGGUGCAUGGAAAAAAUGCCCGAUGGACCAGGGCCUGCAUCAUAUAAUCCUGUUUUAAGGAAAUCUUGCCCCAUAGCCUUCUUUGUGAAAGCAUCAAAGCGUUUUGAAUAUCCAAAGGAGACUACUCCAGGCCCAGCAACAUAUGAGCUCAGUCCAUUUUUAAGACAUUCUGUUCUGAAGAAAACUUUUAAUGUCACUCUACCAAAUGCUUCCCAGAUUAAGAAGAAAAAUACCCUGACUGUAGAACAAAAAUCCAAACAAAAAAAUCUGGGGAGAUAA